UUUGUCCCCUUCUCUCUUCCUCUCCCUCUCACAGGACCUUUUCGUCCUCUCGAUUAGGGUUUCUCUCUCUCUCUCUCUCUCCUCCCAUUCUCUCUCUACAUUCACAUGAUGAUGCAACCGGGUGCAGGCGGUGUGGCUCCGUCGGCAUUGGGCCAGCAGCCCGCCCAGCAGUAUGGUCAGCAACCCGCGCAGCCCUACAUGAUGAUGCCACCGCCGACUGCCCAGGCACCUGCCAUGUGGGCCCCGCAGUCGCAUGUGGCGCCUCCGGCUCCUCAGCUCCCCCAGCCCGCCUCCGCCGACGAGGUCCGCACGCUUUGGAUCGGCGACCUGCAGUACUGGAUGGAGGAGAACUAUCUCUACAAUAUUUUUCUUCACACCGGCGAGGUUGUUUCUGUGAAAGUCAUCCGCAAUAAGCAAACUUGUCAAUCAGAGGGUUACGGGUUCAUUGAAUUCAAUAGCCGUGCUGCUGCGGAAAGAGUGCUUCAGGCAUUCAAUGGUACUCCAAUGCCAAAUGGUGCCCAGAAUUUUAGAUUGAACUGGGCAUCUACCGGCGAGAAACGUUCUGAUGAUACCCCGGAUUAUACGAUAUUUGUUGGAGAUUUGGCUGCUGAUGUGACGGAUUAUGUGCUACAAGAGACAUUCAGGGCCCGUUAUCCAUCAUGUAAGAGUGCCAAGGUCGUCAUUGAUAGGCUCACAGGGCGCACCAAGGGGUACGGGUUCGUUAAGUUUGGAGAUGAGUCUGAACAGAUGCGUGCCAUGACUGAGAUGAAUGGAGUUCUAUGUUCUACAAGGCCUAUGCGAAUUGGACCAGCAGCAAACAAAAACGCCGGGGGCAGUCAGCAAUAUUCAAAUGGGUGUCAGGAGGCUCUGUCAUCUAAGGGCCAGAUACUGAUUUCAGCUGAAAUGGUCUCCCCUUAGUGCGUGGCCUCGCUAGAUAACAAUGGCACUUAGGAAACUGAUAAAGGACCAGUCUGUCCAACCAGUUAAGCAACUUUGACAACAAAUGUUGUACAUUCUAAAUUUCAAACCUCUGACCAAGGAGCACAGAGGAAUGUGGCACGACCAUGACGAUAAGCCUUUGAACAAUCUUAUUCCUUGUUUUACUUCUUACAAUUAAAGCACAGUCAGCUCAAACAGUUCGCAUGUAGGCCAAGCAUGGUCUCUCUUUUUUGUCUGUUUUGUUUCGGAUUUAGCAUAGGGAAGUAUUUGUGACCAAAUUUUUUUUGUCAGUAAUAUUUGUUUGUUAUGUGAGGGUAAUGUGAGUGUAAGAGUCAUCCACACUGAUGGAAACUACUGAGUAAGGUUUGAUACUGGCAUUGCUCACCAGGAUUAAUCUGCAUUUCCAUACUAUAUUUUGGUUAGACCUUGCAGAUUGUGUUUGUUUAGGGAUUAAGGCUGGCACUAUGUGUGCAUAUGGCUGCUAUACAUUUGCAUAAUGCUUGUUGGGUCCCUUAACAUGUGGCACAAUGUGGUUAGACGUUCUUAAUUCUGUUGGUAAGCCUUAAGAUUACUGCAUUACCGCAGUGGUUUGUUUUUUUGUCUGGUCUGAACGCAUAUGGGCAGUGAAUAGUUUACAUUGUUUUUAUUUAAUUCUUUUUGGGAGAAAGUAUGGCCAGAAAAUAUGUCUGAUUGUCUACACUUGCUUUUGUUUCUUUUAUUGAUAGCAUAAGGGGGUCGUGAAAUGUUAUUCUGCAUAUCUCAGCUGUUAGUUGAACUUUU